AGGAAACUUUUACAAUUUUAUGACGUUUUAUUCGUUAACAUUAAUGUAUAUACAAUUUUAAUUUGUGACUUACUCUAAAAUAAUAAUCUUUAAGAUGACAUCUAGGAAGUGUAACAUAAUGAGAGAUGAUGAUGAUAUCAUUGAGACUAUGGACCUCACACAAUAUGACGAACAAGAUGUUUCAUUUGAGUGUACAGACUCAGCUUCGACCAGGACACAAGCAUCAACUACUAGCACCGUAUCGGCUAUGUCAGGACAUAGCGCUGGCAGACAACGGAAGAUGCGCAGGAAGAGUGUUGGUAGUUUACAAGAAAGAAACAAAAAGAAAACGCAUACUGCAGAAAAGCAAGUUAAAAAGCAGAGAAUAGCUGACAGCAAAGCGGCAAAAGCUGCAGAAAAGGAAAUGAACAAAAUGUUGAAACCUGGAGAGUGUAUGAAGUAUAUGAGUAUAGAGAUGCACCCGGCGUUGUCCGGUGCGUGGUACAUGGCGGACGUGGGGCGCGAGGCGGCGGCAGCCGGAUGCCGCGUGACCACCGCCUCCACCCUGUGCGAGCCCGCGCUACUCAUGUGGUCACGGUACCGUCACCAGCGCACUCUCACUGCGGAUGAUGGACAGGUAGGAAUGAGUGAUACAAGCGAGAGAUGCAAUCGCGCGCUGUACGUCUGCGAGGCUGCAGGAGUAGCAGACCUGGUGGCCAGUCGAGGUCUGGCAACGCAGCUGGCGCACCUGCAGGAGCUGGCCAGCUGUCCGAUCACUCUUGUCAUAUUCGGCCUCAAAGAUUACUUCAAGUCUUCCGGCAGGAAAACUACGAACAGCAAUAAGAAUUCGAUGACUGAAAUUGAUUUAGAAAUGGCUGUAACAGAUCUGCUUGUUAGUGCCGGCGUGGAUACAGUAACAGUGAAUACACCCAACGAACUGGCGCUACUCAUCAUACAGUUCACAAAGGCCAUUGCAGAGGAGCCCUACAAAAAAGCAAAACGCGCGUGCGACGAACAGGCAGAGUUCUUUAUGAGAGGUGACAACAAGAAAUGCGUUCCAGUUGAUAAAGAUGGUAAUGGCCUGAGCAGGCUGUGGCAACAGAUGAUCGCUGUGCUACCAUUGUCGAGCUUAGAAACCGCCAGAUCACUAUGCGCUGAGUAUAAAUCACCACUUGAACUUUAUAAGGUACUAGCAGUCUCGGCUUUGAACAAACUAGCCGAUCUUGGUAUAUCACGAGCGGCCGUCCCAGGCUCCAGAUCACGACGUCUUGGUCCUGAAUUCGCCAGAAAACUUCACACUUUGUUUACGGCUGAAGAUGGAAAUAUAUUGAUAGACUGAAAUGUUGAAAGUAAUGA